GCGAACGAAGAGGGGUGAAGUCAUCUUUUUACUUGAAAUCCCUAUUACAACAGCAACAGAAUAAGUGUAUAUUUGUAAAGCUGCUGCUGCUGACUAUACGACGAUGAUCAAAAUGCAUGGGAAACAUUCCUUUUACACAGCUCAUGUCUACUACAUACUCUGAACAAUCCACUCCGUAACAGAAACUUACUUGGAGUAUAACUUCCUCAUUUGUGUUUAGCAAAUUGUUUAAAGGGAAUUGUUUAAUUGAUAAGGUUUGCUUGUUUUUCUUUCGUUCAAUCAAUGGGAGAACGGUUAACGUGUCAAACGGUUACGUUAUGGUUUGACAAAUAGGAAAACGGGAAAUUAAACGCUGCGUGGAACAUAUUUAUCUCGUGUCAUUCAUAUUGAGUAAUUGUGACUUGUGGAAGUGAGAGGGGAUCGAAUCUAGUCGGUUUAAUUUAUGUAUCGCGUGAAGAGAUAGUGUCGUGAUCUCAUUUUGUAUUUACGGAAGAAGAAAGUUAACACGCUAAAAAAUGGAUCAAGUUGACCGAAGCAUUUUAAAGUCUGUAGACUCUGAAGCACUUCACCUUCACUUGCAGUGUCACGCUAAUCUUGCGGCAGCCGAGCAUGAUAAGCUCACCUCAUCCACGAGCUGUAGCGGCUCGCUUAUCAUUACCGAUUGUGGGGAGGAAUUGUCCAGGUCGAGUGGCACGUUCGAGAAAAAUGUCCCCAAAGUCCCCACCGGGCUGAAAGUAAUCGCACUUUUGUCGAUGACGACUGCCAUAAUAUUAAUCGCUGCUUCUGGAAUUUUGCUGGCUAAAACACAUGAAACGCUUGUCAAAUGGUUGAAAGCAGCUCCUACAACGAUGCCAUUAUUGGACCAAGUUAAUAAAUUGCUGGGAGGGACGACAGGGAUUGUGGAGGAGGUGCAAUCUCAAGAAAAAUAUUUAAAAAUUCUAAUCACAUGCAGCGCAGUGUUGGUCGUGACUGGGAUGAUCCAACUUUUAUGCAAUAUUUGGUUCUUUUGUAGAAUGAAUGCUACCUGCAUUCGGAGAUGUUUGGUUAGAUCAGAACAAUUUUUUUGUGGACUUUGAAAUUCAGACGCUAUUUUGACUAAGUUUUUAUUAAUUUUGUUUUAAAAUUAUAAACAAACUUUGACCACCGUCAUUUUUAUACUGUGCGUGUUUAUAUAAGCUCAUGACUAAAUGUCUUUCGUGAAUAUUCCGUCUGUGGGAAUGAUCUUGAAGACCAGGAAAUUUGCAAUAACGCAACCAGCAAAAUAUCCAAUGAACAUUAAAAGGCUGAACAACAACUCUUGUAACUUUGUUAGUUCGUAGAUUAUACAUAUUUUGAUAUUGUGACGAUUUUAGUGACAUGAAUAUUUGAUGGCCAAAUUCAUAUCUAUAAAAUAAUAGGUACAUCUUAUUGUAGCUUCGUCUUCUUCUUAAUUGGAUGGUGUGUAUCGUACCGUAUAAUGGAACGUGCGAAAAAUAUGGUUUUUGGCACUAUAAAUUGCAAAUUGGUUCCGUGUUCCUUCUCGAUUUAUUUGUGACAAUCGUAAUGUGUCAAAAACAGUGAAAACAUUUACAUAUACAAGAUCUCAGGCGACAGUUAUUUGGUAUUAUAAAAGUGUCAUCCCGUCUAUAUUAAAUUUUUUAAACAUCCUAACUUAUGUAAGCUACGUGGGGAUUGGUGAUUUAAUAUAGUAGUACUUAUGUAGUAAAUUAUUGUGAUAAUAUAUUUGUUAUAAUUGUAAUUUGAGUGUCCACUCCUAUUUACGUUUCAAGUAAAUUAAGUGUGACACAAAAAUGUUCAAAAGUUUGUAAGCAACUAUAGCUUCCUUUAACAGAUUGUAAUAUGUCUUUGGCCAAAAUCCAGAAAUUGAACUCAACAUACUCAUGAAAAAGAUUGUGAAACUAUUAAUUAUUGGUAAUUCCAACUAAUUAUCUUUUUCAAUAUUAACUCAACUCAUCUUUGUAGAUCUUCUGUGUUCUCGAUCAAGAAAUGAAUUAUGUGUACCACCGUUGUACAUUUUAGGUUUGAGGUGAAACUACAGAUAUGUUGUCAAUAUUGUUAGUUUUUUACCGUCAUACUGCUAAAUUGACUGGAGAGAUUAUUAAGUUACAAGUAAUUAUAUGUAUGUAGACGAAAGUAUUUCUUAUCAAUGCAACUGCGAUGUAUAGUUAUUAUCUUUUAAUACCUUGAUACGACUCUUAAUAAAAAAAAUAUUGGAAAAAUGCA